AUGGACUCGAAGACGUCCAAUGCCGAGCGCACGGCACGCUACGUGCACGAGGAGAUGCUCAAGCAGAAGGCUGACGGCCAGACGGCGACCAAACUCCCGUGUCGGUGGUUUCUCGAUCGAUCGUUCUACUGCGUCACGCCUGGGAACCAAAUGGAGCACUUUUACCGCUACGGCCAAGUAGACGAGUGCAAGUUCACUUGGAAGAACAUGUACCUGUGCUUCCGGGCCAGUAUGAUGGACGAGGAAAAGCGGCAGCAGUUUCUCCGCGAUACGCCACUUGACGCGGCCAGAGGUCCACACGUUACGGACGUGUGGGAACCGAAAGAGACGCCUGGCUGGUAG